CAGAGCAACAUCAUGAAGCUGCUGAGGCACGGCAUCUACACUCUGCUGGUAUGUUGCAGUGCAUUGUGGGUCGCUCACUCCGAGGUUGAAACUGAAUCUGCAGCUGAAUGUGACACCACGCUGACGUUCUCCUCCGAGAUCACGAGCUUGACUGAAGGAAACGGGGACAUCCACAGCAGAUCUCUGUCUCCGUGGAACUGGACGCCAAACACGGAGAGAAACCGAAUCCCCAGGACGCUCUGGGAGGCCGAGUGCAGUACCAGCCUUUGUUCCAGUCCCAUCCCGGGACAGAAGGACCAACACAACCUGAACUCAGUCCCCGUCUACCAGGACAUUCUGGUCCUGACCUUACACAAUGGCCGGCGCUGCUACAAAGCAUCGUUCCGCUCUGUGGCGGUCGGAUGCACCUGUGUUAGAGCCGAGAUCAGUCAGAAGUGA